UCUUUCACAAUAGGAAUCUAAAGAUGCCUACCCGCCUUCAUCACAACCGCAAGAAGAGAGGUCACGUCUCUGCCGGUCACGGUCGUGUUGGCAAGCACCGCAAGCACCCCGGUGGUCGUGGUCUUGCUGGUGGCCAGCACCACCACCGCAUCAACAUGGACAAGUACCAUCCUGGUUACUUCGGUAAGGUCGGUAUGCGCCACUUCCAUUUGACUCGCCAGAGCUACCACCGCCCUAUCGUCAACUUGGACACUCUUUGGAGCCUCGUUUCCGAACAGACUCGCAAGAACGCUGCCAAGAACACCGAGAUCGUCCCCGUCAUUGACACUCUCCGUGCUGGAUACGGCAAAGUUCUUGCCAAGGGUCGUCUCCCUUCUCAGCCCGUUAUCGUCAAGGCCCGCUAUGUCUCUCGUGCUGCUGAGCAGAAGAUCAAGGCUGUCGGUGGUGUCGUUCAGUUGGUUGCUUAAAUAACAUUCUCUAUUUUUUAAGCUUCACAUUAAAAAUGGGGUCC